ACAUAGGCUUUUUGUUUUUCCGGAGAAAGGAGCGCGGCGAUCCUACAACUCCUUCUGGAAAGAAAGCCCCAUUCAGCGUGUAUGGGCUUAGUGCUGACAGCUCUGUGGUGUCUGGAACAAGCGGUAACAUGGGAGUGAGCCGCGAGAGGGCUCGGCUGCGUUCGCACGAACCAAUGGAUGAAAUUCUCACUGGAGUGGUAGUCAUAACAAGCAAAGAUGCACUUCAGCACCAGGGUGUCUCAUUAACAAUGGAAGGAUCUGUAAAUCUACAGCUCAGUGCCAAAAGUGUUGGUGUAUUUGAAGCCUUCUACAAUUCUGUUAAGCCUAUUCAACUUAUUAACAAUACUGUAGAAAUGGUGAAACCUGGAAAACUGCCCAGUGGUAAAACAGAAAUUCCUUUUGAGUUUCCAUUGCAAGUGAAGGGAAACAAAAUUCUUUAUGAAACUUACCAUGGAGUGUUUGUCAAUAUCCAGUAUACCCUCCGAUGUGACAUGCGACGCUCUAUCCUGGCCAAGGAUUUAUCUAAGACUUGUGAAUUUAUUGUCCACUCACCACCCCAGAAAGGCAAGGCAACCCCAAGCCCAGUGGACUUCACUAUUACCCCUGAAACACUACAGAAUGUGAAAGAGAGGGCAUUGCUGCCAAAAUUUCUCAUCAGAGGCCAUCUCAAUUCAACAAACUGCACCAUAACACAGCCACUAACAGGGGAGCUGGUGGUAGUGAACUCAGAUGCUGCAGUUAAGAGCAUUGAACUUCAGCUGGUACGAGUAGAAACCUGUGGCUGUGCAGAAGGUUAUGCUAGAGAUGCCACUGAGAUUCAGAAUAUUCAGAUUGCUGAUGGAGAUGUCUGCAGAAAUCUUCCUAUUCCAAUAUACAUGGUAUUCCCCCGUCUUUUUACCUGCCCUACCCUGGAAACCACAAACUUCAAAGUUGAAUUUGAAGUCAACAUUGUUGUUCUCUUACAUGACGAUCACCUCAUCACAGAGAAUUUUCCACUGAAGCUUUGCAGGCUGUGAUCAAUUAGAAACGGUUUCAGGACUAUCUAUGGGACCAGGUGCAACCUUGGUGCUGCUGGACCCAAGCAUUGGUCUCAUUCAUAUGUAUUCUAGUUUCAUGGCAGUAAUAAUCGGGUAUUUGAAUGGCAAGCUAGCACUGUAAGCUACAAGUGUCAAAGCACUCUCAUGCAGCCAGUGUUCAAGAAAAUCAGAUGUUUCUACACAGUGGUGCUAUGCAGCAUAUAAUCAGAAGCUGAAGAAGUAGCUUGGAUUCUGGAUGAAACUGUGGCAGACUAGACAGAGGGCUGUGUGUGCUAUGUAUGUGGGAGUUCUGGCAAUGUCUUUGGCAAUGUCUUUCCGACCCAUAGAAGUCUUAAGAAUUUCUUAGUGUCCUGAGACUACAUUGAUUUUGGAAGUGUUUGCCGGUCUUGUUAUAAGCAAGAUAACCUUUAGUGAGCAGAGAAUAGAGUGAGAAAUAAUUUUGAGGAUGCUGCCCAUCCUUGGGAGGUAUUAGCCUAUAAGUCCAGUGAAUGAAUCUGGAUGGUGAGACGGUAAAAAGCAAAAUUGGGCUAUCUGGCUUUGGCAUGAGCCUAACCUAGGCUGCUCCUUCAUAUACCUCACUAAUUUUUGAUAGUGUGGAACAGCUAAAGUUUCUAUACCAAAUGUGAGUGUUGUACAUCAAAUAAAGAUGUGUCCAUUUCCAUAGAGCUAUAGCUUGUUUUCCAUUAGUGGCAACCAGACAUUAUUUGGAUUUUCUUUGUAGAAGAUGCUUAUGGCUAUUGCAGUGGAUGGAGCCCUGUCAUGUGUGAGCCAGAGAGGAGGUGGCUACAAAAGCAAGAAGUGCUGUGCCUGGCUAGUUGCCUUUCUGUCCAAAUCAUAGUUAUGCUGGUUUUCCUGACAAGUGGUUUUUUUCAUUCAAAGAAGUUUGAUACGACACUGCCGAAAUAAGUAAUUUUCUUCUGCAGUGCACAACCCACAGAAAUUUUGCCUAAUUUAUUUGAAGGGCUUUGCAGGAAAUAGAACUAAAAGCCACCUUUCUUGUGUCCCAGCAUAGAUAUUAAGGUUAGGGAUUCCACUAGAAUAUCUGUCUGCACGCAGCUGAAUGCCUCUAUCCUGUUUUCCAACAACUAUGGCAAAGCAGGAGUAAUUUACGGAAAGCUUUUGCUACAUUGCUCCUAAACAAGUGCAGAAAAGGGUGCCAGUAGGGAAAAAUGAGGCCCAUCUACAGGCAGAAAAAUGUGUAGUAGAGAGAAGUUAACCUAGCCAAGCUCACAGGUUGCUGUGAUAACAAUGGAGGACCAUAUAUAGCACCUUCAUUUCCUUGAUAGAAGGUAAAAUGCAAACAAAUUUGCAUAAGCUGACUAAAUUUGUGUUUUCCAAACUAAUUCUUGAAACAACACAUAUAUUUUUUGCACUUUCCCAAAUUUUGCAGUGUGAGUCUGAUCAAAAGAUGCAUGGAAAUGUCAGACCAUGCAGCCAGAUUCAAGAUUCUGCUUGGUUCUGGAGUACCCUAAAGGAAAAAACUGAUUCCUUGUCCUCUUCUUUCAUUUCUAAACAGAACUCAUGAAAAGGUAUCCUGACCUUUGGAAAACCCAGAACCAAGAACUGAACCAGUGACAUGUUAUUUCAUAGAUUAAUGGUAGUUCUUCCUUCUCUAUAGUACACAGUGCCAAAAAAAGUGAUUUCCCCCCUCUACAAACCUAGAACAUCUGGAUCUUAUGUGCCUCCCCCCACCUUUGUUAAUGUCACUCUGAAUGCAAUCAGGUGAAAUAACUGUUUGAACAGCCUCUUUAAAAACUAGUCUUAAGCAGUGUGAUAAAGGGUGUGUUUGAGCGGGUAGAGGGGAGACAACACACUUAAAAGUGCUCUAUAUAAAUGUCUGUUCUGCUCAAUGACUUAAUGCUUGCAGGGAGUCUCUGUGCAAAGUAUGUACGGGAGUGCUUCUUAUAUCUAAGGCUGUACUCCAGCAGAUGCAUUAUUUAUGUGAGCUGUUGGCUCCAAAUAGGCACUAUACAGAUGCCACUGAGUUCAGGUGGCACACCUUGUAUCCUACUACAGUACACCUCACUUGGCGCUUACAAUGAUGAUGCUUUUGAUUAGCUCAGUAAACCAGGCAGAAUAGAAGUACAUUUGACCCUCUUUGGUGGGUAUCCUUCCCAUAUCUCGAAGUUCUUGAUCAAUCAAGCAUGCAUAAUGAUGGACAGACUUGCUUUAAAUCUGGCUAGUAGGAAUAAUACCAGUAGAUUAAGUGACUGUUAAGUUUCUUAUUCUGCUUUUUAGCCUUCAGUAUGUGACAGUAUAAAGAAGAAUGCUUUUUGUUUUUCAUACAGAUAGGUGUGUGAAAAACACUUUGUGCUUUUCCAGGAUAAGUGUCUUUGUUCUAUUGCUGCUUCAAGUUAUUCAGAAGUCCUUUUUUGUUGCUUCGCAUAAUAAAUGAUAACUGUUUCA